AAAAAAAAAAAACAAAACCCAACUGUCUACCGUUGUUGCCGUUCCAAGCAACGAUCAAAAAUUAAAAUUCCAGAAAGAAAAGAAGAGCAAAAUCGCUAGGACGGUCUAAUAGUACUCGACGUUGUAUACAAAUUCGACGUAUCAUCUAACUUCCGCCAUUGCUAUCUCCUUCUUUUAGCAGUGGGAUUUAGGGUUUUACAGCCGAAACAGGUUAAAUGGGUGCUAGAAAAUGUCAAGUCUGCAAUGAAGCUCAAUCUAAGUACAAGUGCCCCUCAUGUUUGGCUCCAUAUUGCUCUCUGGGCUGCUUCAAGAAACACAAAGAAAUCCCUUGUGCUAAGCCGGAACCUAAGGAGGAAAAGUCAAGCACUGUCUCUGCAGAGGAAAAAUCAACUGCUGAUCCUAAGCUGCCUAUACGAAGGCCAUUAAUUGUUGAUGAUGCAAGUGAGGUGCUGCUAAAACCACAACUAGAAUCUAUAGCUUCUUCCAGUGAAAUUCAAAGCGCUUUGAGGGAUGAAAGUCUCAGGAAACUUAUACGUAGCAUUGAUUCUGCUGCAGAUCCAGAAAGUGAACUUGAAAAAGCUAUGGGGGUCGAGGCAUUCCGCAUCUUCACUGACAAGAUGUUAUCUACUAUUAACUGCAAUCAGUAAUAGACACAGGAAAGAGUUGGCGGUUGCAUUUAAUAUUGCAGAACAGGUUUAGGCAGGGACUUUGUGCCGUCUACUUCAGUCUAGCUGUCAUUCUUCUGGAGUCGUUGCUGCCAGUCAACAGUCUACAGUCUUAAAACUGUCUCAUAGCAAGUUGAAUCAUUGUGAGAUAGAAAAGAAAAUAUUACGGAAUCAGUAUUUCUUGUUCUUUUUGUCGAUAAUCGCACUAAAUCUAUUCUGGAUGAUCGCAUUGUUCAUACAAACCAUGAUGUUUUAAAGUUGUAGGAAAUAUUCUAAUAUUGACCCGCA